UUAAUAUAUCCCGGAACUAAGCAUCAACCGUGGAUGCUCUCACACGGACACGAUUCGCCGACGCACUCGCGCAACCUCACUCAGUUGAAAAUGGCUGUUACUCUUCACUCGGAUCUAGGAGACUUCAAGAUUGAAUUAUUUUGUGAACGUGCACCGAAGUCGUGCGAGAACUUCUUGGCUCUGUGUGCCAGUGGCUUCUACAAAGGUUGCAUCUUCCACCGCAACAUUAAAGGCUUUAUGGUGCAAACUGGAGACCCGACAGGCACUGGCAAAGGAGGGACGAGUAUUUGGGGACGCAAGUUUGAAGAUGAGUUCAGCGAGCAUUUAAAACAUAACGUUAGAGGCGUGGUCUCCAUGGCAAACAACGGUCCAAACACAAACGGCUCCCAGUUUUUCUUCACCUACGCCAAACAGCCACAUCUGGACAUGAAGUACACCGUGUUUGGAAAGAUCAUCGACGGCAUGGAAUCGCUGGAUGAGCUGGAGAAACUUCCUGUACACGAAAAGACGUUCCGGCCGUUGACGGAAAGUCGGAUUAAAGACGUAACGAUCCACGCCAACCCUUUUGCUGGGUAGAUUUGACCACAUGGAGAAACCAACAGGAAGAUAAUGUUCAGUUAGAAGUAAAUAAGCCGUUUUAUUUUCAUUUUUUAUUGAUAAACUGUACAAUUGAAAA